AUGAAGGUGAAUUCAUUGAUAAGUAUAUUUACGGCUUUCUUUUUAGUCGGUGUAUGCCAAUGUAUUGACAUUAAAACGACAUGGGAAAAUGUUAACUACAUCAGGUCGGUAGAUCUUUCAAGAUCUUAUGUCAAGGAAAGCUGCUUAAUUGAGGCCAAAAAUACGGGUGAUAAGCCACAGGACGAAUACUAUUUCACCAUCAAUGAUGGGUUUGACAUUGUGCCUAAUGUGUCAGUGAUUUCCGUGUCGAUGGUAGACCAGCCGGUUGCGAUUGACGCGAUAAAGGUCGAGCAUGGGGUGUACAAGUUGAAGCUUCCAGCACCGGUAGCACCCAAUUCGAAGGUUGAUUUCAAGAUUCGUUAUGUUUACAUCGAUUCAUUGAGCCCAUUGCCAAAUAAAAUGACCAUGGACGGCACUCAGCAUUUGUUGGUGAAGAUGAACAAAUUUGCGUACUCGCCAUACGUGACGAAGACAUACACCAUGACGUUCACGGGAAUCCUGAAGGGCCAAGAGAUGGAAUUACACUUAGCGGGCAAUCAGGAACAACAAUUCACUGAAAACGCACCCGAUUUGAAACCAAGGGUGGAAAACAAGUCGUUAGUGUACGGGCCAUUAUUGACGGACCUCCAGCCAUAUACCGUCAAACCAAUGGGAUUAUUAUACGAACACAAUAGACCAUUAGCUAAGGUCAACAAUUUGGAAAGAUCUGUGUGGGUUCCUGCGUCCAGUACCAACAAUUUAGCCAUCGAAGAGUACUAUGAAUUGACCAAUAAUGCUGCCGAGUUAUCAACAGGUUUCCUGAGAGUAGACUGGAUGCAAGGUAAGUAUGAGUCCAACAGAAACCACUGGGCUCUUUCCCAUUUGCAAUUCCCAUACACGGAUGUGAACCAAUUCGAGGAUUACUACUUUACUGAUUUAGUUGGUAUGGUUUCCACCCAUUCAGUUAACUUAAACAACUUGUUCUUGAGACCAAGAUUCCCUCUUUUCGGAGGAUGGAACUAUAAUUUCACCCUCGGUUGGAACAAUCAAAUUAAGAAUUAUAUCCACAAGGUAAAUGAGGAACCAGACACCUACAUGGUAAAAUUCCCAUUAUUGAACUCGAUUAAAGAUAUCACAUACGAGAACGUCUCAUUGAAUUUUUACUUACCAGAAAGUGCAGAGUUUGUAAAUGUUUCUUCUCCAAUAGAAUUUUCAUCAAUCGAAGUGGACAAUGAAUUGUCUUACCUUGAUGUAUCAAAGGGCCAUGUCAAAGUCACUUUGAAAUACCAUGACCUUUUUGAUGAUUUGAGUAAAAUUGAUGUCUUAUUAAUGUUUAAAUACACCCAAGUUAACUACUGGUGGAAGGUUAUGAAAAUAUCUGGAUUUAUCUUUAUUGGAUUAACCAGUUAUUAUCUUUUAAGUUUAAUUGAUGUUUCAAUUGACAAGAAAGAUAAAUAA